UUUAACGCGUCCGAACGAAAUUACGAGGCCGCCGGUAACGUUCAUGGACUCCCAUCCGAUAACCCCCUCGGCAUGGCAAUAUGUCGGCGGGCGACGACCGAAGGAAACACAAGUACUCCGUGCGUGAACGCAUCUCCGUUUGCGGCUCUUUGGUUUAUAACCAUCCAACCGUCCCCCCUACCCCGCGUUUCUUUGUUCCCGCGUCGGGCCCAACGUCAAGGUCGUCGUCCCCAGAGUGGCAUCACAGCCCCGGAAGCUACCAUUUAAUUAGCGCCUCUCUUUACGACGCGGGAACUCUGUAUUAAUGGACAUCGUGAGCAGGAGUUUUCGGAAUGCGACGUCGGCGCUUACGGACUUGGAGAAUUUCCAAAAGUAUAAGAACAACGAGCACCGACACAAGGGCACAGCUAUGGCGGACGGAUACCAGAGUCAAGAGAACGCACAAAGCGAAAACACCGAGAACAAGAACGAACAGAGCAAGCCACAGGAAAGUGGUGACAAACAACAAGCCACGGCUGGUAUCCCUGGCAAAGAUGAUGAGAGGAAGCUCUUCGUUGGAGGACUCACCCGUAACACCACCGAGUCAGAACUCAAGGAUCACUUUGGCAAAUUUGGGGAUAUUGAAAGUGUAUCCAUUAAAAUGGAUCCAUACACAGGUGUAUCAAGGGGAUUUGCCUUUAUAGUCUUUCAGAAUCCCAAAACUAUUGACAAACUACUUACUGCGGGCGAUCACUACAUUAACAAGCGCAAGGUUGAUCCAAAGCGAGUGAGCAAGAAAGCCCAGCAUGGCAAGAUCUUCGUGGGAGGCCUGACACCUGAGAUUACAGAUGAGGACAUUAAAAACUACUUUGCACAGUAUGGCACAAUUGUGGAAGUGCAGGCUCCUUUCGACAAAACGAAAAACCAACGCAGAAGCUACUGCUUCGUGACGUUUGACUCGAAAGACGUCGUUUACAAGUUACUUAAGACCCCUAAGCAAACUAUCAAAGGCAAGGAGAUCGAUGUUAAGAAAGUCAAAGUCAAUCAAGAUCAACGCCAAGGAUACUGGGGACCUCAGUAUGGCGGCUACGGUUACGGUGGCGGGUAUGGUGGUUAUAUACCUGAAUAUGGUAAUGGAUAUGGUGGCUACGAUGACAUGUACGCCAGUUACGACUAUUCGGGCUAUGAUGGAUAUGAGAACAUGGGUUACGCGAUGCCUGGAAAACCCAGAAAUGGACCUCAGGGACCUCGUCAAUUUCAAAGACAUCAACCAUAUUAAAUUCAAGAUAAUUGUGUGAAAAAUACAAACACGUCCUUGAGUAAUAUGCUACUUGAUAGAGGCUUUUGUAUUAACAAAAAAAUUAAUAAAAUUUGUUAAAAAUUUA